AUGGGUCGACUGCAAGCGACAUGCUCUACCAUUGGUUACAUUCACAGACGUCCAAACAAUGCUCUGCCACCUUUCCAGCUUUUUCGUCAUCUAUCUGCAGCAGCUUCGCUUGCCGACAGAUAUCGAUACUACGACUUGAUAUUGGAACAGCCCCAUAGCCAUCAGUUUGAUCCCACAAGGCUUCGGAACGUGAAUGUUCGUUCUGAAGGAUCUGACACCCCAGAUCUUCCUGAGGCUUUCUUACGCCCGCCGACUUUCAAGCAACGUCAUCCCGCCACCGAUAUUACCCCAGAUACUCAACCUCAACUACUAGAUGAAAACAAUGUGAAGAAAAAUGUUGUUGAAGCAGCCUCUGACGAAGAGUUGGCACGGCUGGAAGAAGAGGAGAGAAAUCUCGUUCAACCUGAAGCUCCAACAAAUUGUUGCAUGUCUGGAUGUGUUCACUGUGUAUGGGAUUUGUAUCAGGAGGACAUGGACGAUUAUCAAACCUCAAAACGUAAAAUUCGCGAUCGUCGUAGGGAACUAUUGCUAGCUGCAGGGAGAGAAGAAGAAGCUGCUCAGGAACUGCAGGAAGAGACACCUCCGGAAGACAUGAUAGAUCCUGGCAUGAAAGCAUUCUUAGAAAUGGAAAAGAGAAUGCAAGAAAGAUAGACUCUUGCAGGCGAAUGCCAUCAUAGAAUGAAAAGGAGAGGGACGCACUGAGACGUUGUUUAGACUUUUUUUCUAUUGAAACCGCAACACCCUUGUUGUUGGAGCGCCGGGGGACUUUACUCGCAACGAUACAACCAACGGCAAGUGAUCUGAUGGGUGGUGCGCGUUGGGGAAACCCACAGUCCUCGAGAUAUACUCUCUAUCUACACUCGAAAGCAGUCCAGUCACACUCAAAGUGUUGGUCGAAUACCAUACAUAAUCGAUGACACCCUUAAAUUGGGGCGUGAAAUUGGUGAACUCUAGCUCUCCCGUAUGGGAGUACGCAGAUUUGAGCGCGAACUUGUGCUGCAGACCCUCUGAUGUGUAUGGACCGUAUGUAUACGUUCCAAAGUCCUCAUGGUCCUGAGGUACUCGACCGCUCGACAGGAACUCGUAUACGCCCGAAUCUGGCAGUGAGUUGAAAUCUCCGCAUAUUAAAAGAGGUACCCGUGCAACAUCUUGCGAAUUUCUUGCUGCGUCUUUUGGUGCAUUCCGCGACCAUGUGUUACCCAACCUCUCCAACUCUUCCAUCAGCAUCGCAGUUUGGACGAGCUUGACGUCCUUGUACGAUGGGUCCCAAUGUAGAUGUGCGUUGGCGGUCAAUAUACGGCCAUGGGUCUCCUUGUUCUCCAACAGUGCCACAACUGCGAUGUUGUCCUUUAUCAUCACUCUGUUGAACACGUCUUCCGCCUUCCGCAGCUCCGGCCUCUGCAUUGCGAAUUGUUGAAAUUCGAUGCAAUGCUUCUCAACGAGGAAAAAUCUAAAAAGAUAUCACCGAUCAGAAUCAUUCCUCAGAAGAUACUAGCGAUUGUUAGAUGCAUACUUGUUGGCUUUCCAGAAAGUCGCACAUCCGUCAACUUGUCUUCGUUCGUACUCUGCCAUCGUUCGCGCUCGUGACUUCGGGAAGAAGACACCUUCAUAGCCGCCCAAUUGCGAUAAUUGAUCUCGGAAAAAAUCUUCAUACUGGUCCAUUUGCAUUUCCUGUAUGGCAAAACCAUCAUCAUAAUUAGACAAUAUAUAGCAAAAGCUCGCGUAAGCUGAUAACACCAACCUGUAGGCACACGAUGUCCGCACUAUAGUUUAGAAUAUC